ACCCGGUAAAGGGGUCAGGGAUCUGGAUCCAUGUCGGCGUUUCUCUGCGUGGUAGCGGGGACAGUUUUGUUUUACCUACUAGUUUACUACGGUGUCUUCAAAGGGGCAAGAUGCUCCACUGCUGUGAGGUUGAAGGGGAAGACUGUUAUCAUUACAGGCAACAACACAGGCAUUGGUAAGGCCACAGCUCUGGAGUUGGCAAAGAGAGGUGCCAGGGUGAUCCUUGCCUGUCGCAACAAGGAGAAAGCUGACGCAGCGGUUUAUGACAUCCGCAGAGAGAGUGGAAACCACCGUGUAGUAUUCAUGCAACUGGACCUAGCAAGUCUCCAGUCUGUUCACCGUUUUGCUGAAACCUUCUUGAAGACUGAACCAAGACUAGACAUUCUCAUCAAUAAUGCAGGUGUGAUGGGUCCAGGGAAAACGGAGGACAGCUUCGGCAUGGCGUUUGGUGUGAACCACUUGGGUCACUUUCUGCUCACCAACCUUCUCCUGGAGCGGCUGAAGCGGUGCGGUCCCAGCCGUGUGGUGACGGUGUCUGCACUGCUGCACCGCUUUGGAAACAUAGACUUCUCUUUACUGGAUACUAAAAAGGAUUUAGUAUCUGGUCAGUCAACUUGGCAAAAUUUUCAAGCUUAUUGUAACAGCAAACUCUGCAACGUCCUCUUCACCAGGGAGCUGGCCAACCAGCUGGAGGGAACCGGAGUCACGUGCUACUCCCUACACCCAGGGGUCAUUUCCACAGAGCUGGGUCGCCACAUGGGUGGGUGGCAGCAGCUCGUCAAACCCUUGGCCAAACUCUUCUUCCUGAACUGUGCGGGGGGAUCACAGACCACGUUACACUGCGCCCUUCAGGAAGGUAUCGAGCCCUUCAGCGGCCGGUACUUCUCAAACUGUGCACUGCAACAAGUGGGUGCCCGGGGACGGGACGACGCCCUGGCUAAGAAGCUGUGGGAAGUGAGCGAACGCUUAUCAGGGUUAUCACAACAGACUAAAUCCUGAUGCACAAGCAGAAGCACGUGCGCUGACCACUUGUCUUAUGAUCUGUUUAUGCUUGUUUGGUUUUUUUCUCUCUAUGUCAGGGGUCGGCAACCCAAAAUGUUGAAAGAGCCGUAUUGGACCAAAAACACAAAAAAUAAAUAUGUCUGCAGCCGCAAUAAAUGAAAAGUCUUGUAUCAGCCUUAGAAUGAAGAAACACAUGCUGCAUGUUUCUAUAUUAGUUAGAACUGGGGGAGAUUGUUUUUUCAUUAUGCACUUCGAGUAAAAAGUCGGAAUGUCGAGAAAAAAGUCAGAAUGUCAAGAAAAAAGUUGAAAUGCUGAUAAAAAAGUUGAAAUGUCGAGAUUAAAAAGGAAAGGAAAAAGGAAAAAAAAGAAAAGGGAAGAAAAAGAGGAAAAAAAGGAAAAUAAAAGAUGCAUUUAUCUAUAUUAGUUAUAUAACUGGGGAAGAUUUUUUUUUCAUUAUGCACUUCGAGAAAAAAGUUGAAAUGUCGAGAAAAAAAGUCGAAAUGUCGAGAUUAAUGUUGAAGUACAAUUUCAAGAAAAAAGUCAAAAUGUCGAGGAAAUAGUAAAAAUUUCAUGAAAAAAGUCAAAAUGUCGAGAAAAAAGUCAAAAUGUCGAGGAAAUAGUCAAAAUUUCAUGAAAAAAGUCGAAAUGUCGAGAUUAAAAAGGAAAGGGAAAAGGGAAGAAAAAAGAAGAGAAAAGAGAAAAAAAGAGAAGGAAAAAAAAGGUCAAACAUUUUUGAAAAGGCUCCAGGAGCCACUAGGGCGGCGCUAAAGAGCAGCGGGUUGCUGACCCCUGCUCUUUGUUUUCAAGAGCCUCUUUCUCAUGGUUUAACUUGAGAGGUAGAAGCUUUAUAUCAGCUGCAUUUGUAGAGUUUGUGGCCUUUAGAAGAUAAACUGCUGUGUUUUUCUUUUUGGUUGAUUAUAAUAUUGUCAUGCUCAAAAUGCUUUAUGUUAAGCCGGUUAAGUCCUUAUAAAUCACGUCUUCUGAAAGACGCCUGGGACAACUGGAUCCAAAUUAAGAGCAGAACUUUGAAACCAAAGUUUGUGUUUGCUAGUUGCUCCAUCCUCUCACACCGACACAUUCACUGCAGGACCUGACUGUUCACUUGCCAGCUAAUAUAUUUCCCAUUUCCGUAUAAAAAAACCAACAUAUUUGUACAGUCUCAUUUGCUAAAUACAUGAAUGCUCGAAUGUUUUCAGUUUGUGUGUUUGUUUCUGACUGUGAGUGACACAAUUCACAGAAGCAUCUCAGUAUUUAUGUCUCAAAACUGUCUGUAAUUCAUGUUUCAUGUUUUUGUGUCCCACGAUCAUAUAACAUGAAAGACAGCAGUAUGUUGUUUAUUUACCAAUAUAUAUUAACUGCUAUUAAGUGUCUUAAAAGACAAACACCAAGUGUUUUUCAACAUGAAAGAUGCUUUUCCUACUUGACAAAUACUAAUGGCUUUCUUAUUCUGCACUUUUUCACAUUUGUCAU